AUGGCGUUCUCCACGAACACUUUGGAUUUAUUCUUGAAAGAGGUCAACGCGAUUGUCCAGAACGGAGAUGGCGCCAAGCUGGCGAGCUACCUGAUCAUCGAACCUCCGUACGGCGAGAUCUAUCAAAAGAUGAUCUCUGAAGUCCGACAGAGGUUCCCAAAGGGCAAUGAGGACGCAUUAGAGCAGAAAGUCACGGCUCUGCUGUCGGCUGCGCGCCAUGGCAUCGACGGGUCGCCCUGGACGACCUUCAUCAAGUUCAUCGUGCCGUAUCUUGGCUUCCUCCGGGAUGUCAAUUUGCAGAACCUCCUGGAUACGUACGAUCUACUCAGUGACGUUGUACAAAAAUGCACCGCGGCAUUGAACCACCCGAGCAUGGGCGUCAUUGUCCUUCCCACUAUCGUCAGUUACUCUAAGGUGCUGGCGAGGCUUGCCAUCGGCCUUGAUAAGAAACCGGAACUGAUCGCUCACCUGGCGCAACCCGCGGGCGACGAUGAUGGUGCGCAAGAGACGCUGCCCGAAAGGGCCGCCAAUAUUCUUGUCGCCGCGUUCAAGACGUGCCUGGCCGAUCGAACUUCGUCGACAUUCGGGGCGAAACCUGGCAAGCCGGAAGGAAAAAAGGUCGGGAUCUACACUAUCGCAAACGUUUGCCUCAAGAUCCUGUUCCAGUGUAAUAAGACGCGGAACGCGGAGCACAUCUUCACCAACAUAUACAAGCAAUCGCCACCGCUUGCUAUUUACCCUCGACAAGACCGCGUCACAUACCUCUAUUACCUUGGCCGUUACCAAUUCCAAAACGGGCAUUACUAUCAUUCGUCUCAGUGCCUCAACGAAGCUUACCGGCUGUGCCCCAUCACCUUCCCCCGCCAACGACGCCUCUGCCUAAUCUAUCUUAUCACUGCCAACCUCCUCCUCGGCCGCUUCCCCAGCGCCGCCCUCCUCUCCCGCGAAGAAGCCGUCGGACUCGCUGACCGCUUCAACCCCAUCAUCCGCACAAUCAAACUCGGCGACCUCCAAACCUUCCGCUCUGUCACCUCCUUCCAGUCCCCGCACGCCGCCUGGUUCCUCCACUUCCGCAUCCUCCUCCCCAUCCAAAGCAAGGCGGAAACCCUCCUCCUCCGCACGCUGAUCCGCCGCACCUUCCUCCUUGCCGGCAACAUGGGCGACGCAGACCGCCGCAUCGCCCCGACUCUCGACCUCGAAUACGUACUGCAUCUGUGGCAGUGGAUGGAGCGGCGCAUCCUGACCCCGCUGAGCGUGCUCGACGGCGGCCCCGGGAAGCGGCACACGAACUGGAUCUUCAUGGGCGACGAGACGCCUGCGGAGGCGCGGUACGUCGACCCGGAUUUUCAGGGCAUCGAGGAGCUGGAAGAGGAGGGCAGUGGAUGGCGGGCGGAACCGCCGUUGCCGGAUAUGAUGGAGGUGGAGUCGCUGUUCGCGAACAUGAUCGAGAUGGGGCUGUUGAACGGGUUCGUGAGCCAUCGGCAGCUGCGGUUUGCGAUCACGGGCGCGCGGCAGAAGGGGGCGUUGGCGGCGGGGUUUCCGCCACCGUGGGAGACGUUUGAGGGGAGGUUGGAGUUGGAUGACGUCCCUGGAUGGAAGAAAGAGCAGAAGAGUGCGUUCGACCAUGGGGGGCGAGGACCGUUUGCAGCGUUUGGUGGGCAGGUCGGGCCGGGAACGGUCAUCAAUCUCUCCGGGGCGAGGCCGGUGGGAACAGGGUUUGGAUGA